GCUACGAAAUUUUGCGGUUGAAGCGUUUCCAUAGGCGCUAGCAAUCUCCCUUAUAAUCUCUGCUGCCGUGAUCAGUUCGCAUCAGCUACUAAUGCGCGUUCAAAAUAUUAACCUUACUUCCAGCGAAAAUCUAAGGCCUAUUUACGUAGUGACAUUGUGCUUCUCAUUUCUCUUAUAAUAUUAAUUAUAUUGACCCGCAAAUAUGUGGAGAGUUUUAUAGUGAGAACCUCAAAAUGACCCUCAGGCUAUUUCGAACAUUCACCGUGCAACUUAUACACAGGAGGUUUUAUAAAAAGCAACCUGUCAGAGUGAGAUUUGCACCAAGUCCAACAGGACAACUACACCUUGGGGGAUUACGAACAGCUUUAUACAACUAUUUAUUUGCACGUCAGAAUGGUGGAUCUUUUAUAUUGCGAAUUGAAGAUACAGAUCAAACUAGAUUGGAAGUGAGAGCAAUGGAGAAGCUUCAAGAAGAUCUCUUAUGGACAGGAAUUAUUCCGGACGAGGGUCCAACGACCGGUGGACCUAACGGUCCGUAUAUUCAAUCAAAACGGCUGAAUCUUUACCGCGAACAAGUUGAAAAGCUCUUGGAAAAUGGUUCAGCCUAUUAUUGCUUCUGCUCAGAGCGUAGAUUAGAAAUGCUGAGGAAAGAAGCAAUCAAAGCAGGAGAAAUUCCGAAGUACGAUAACCGGUGUCGUCAUCUCGAGAAGGAUGUUAUUACAAGUAAACUCAGUAGACAAGAGCCUCAUUGUAUUAGGUUUAAGCUUCCAGACACACUAAAGACUUUCCACGACCUGGUUUAUGGUGAUGUGUCAAUAAGCCAGGCAGAAGGUGACCCAGUAAUUAUUAAAUCUGAUGGAUUCCCCACUUACCAUUUCGCAAAUGUUGUUGAUGAUCACUUCAUGGAAAUAUCACAUGUUUUACGAGGCGUUGAAUGGCAGAUAUCGACACCAAAACACUUGGAAAUGUAUUAUGCGUUUGGUUGGACACCUCCUCAAUUUGGACACUUACCCCUGAUUUUGAAUGCCAAUGGAACCAAAUUGUCAAAGAGGCAGGGGGAUAUAAAAGUCGAAUCAUUUCGGAAAGAUGGUAUCUUUCCAUUGGCCUUGUUAAAUUACAUUACAUAUGCUGGAGGAGGAUUCAGACGAGAAGACGGAUUCCAAGAUGUAUGUCAUACUUACGUAGACCUCAUAAAACAGUUUGACAUCGAUAGAAUCAACACGAGUUCCUCAAGACUUCACCAUGAUAAGUUAAUGGAAUUCAACAAAUUAGAACUCUCCAAUUUACUCGAUGACUCAAAUAACAUGAAAUUUUUGGUGCAAAAAUUACAAAACUUAGUUUUGGAAGCAUUCCCAGAUAGGCGGAACGAUGGAAGUUUACAACUCGAUGAACAUCACAUGGUUACUAUACUGGAAUGGGCCAGGAAUAGGAUAACAAAAUUGACUGAUUUGAUAUCAACAGAUCUAGCUUUUUUAUGGGUCACUCCUACAUUAUCAAAGACCAUUGAAGAUCCUGAAACUCUAGGACCGCUGAGAACGCUAUAUGCUGAAUUACAAAAUUUGGACACAAGUAAUUUUGAGAAGGAUCAAUUGAAUGACUACUUGAGAAAAUUCGCCAAGGAUAAUGGGCUAAAAUUUUCCACGCUUAUGAAAUCGUUACGAACCGUUUUGAGUGGUCUGCAGCAUGGUCCAGCAGUGGCUGAAAUGAUGGAAAUAUUAGGAAAAGAUAAAACAUUAGAUCGUUUGAAACAUUGUCAUGGUCAAUGAUUGUAGUCAAUAAAUAUGUCUGUUUUCAAAGAGUCAA